AUGGAAGGACUCUUCACUCUGCUCGCUUUGAGCAUUGUGAUGGCAGUGACAUCAUUUGUUGUCGGCUCAUUACCUCUUGCCUUUACACUAUCCGCCUCGCAACUACGACUAAUCUCCUCAAUUGGCAUGGGAGUGUUGGUUGGCACUUCUUUGAUCGUGAUUAUACCCGAGGGCGUUGAGACCCUCUACAGCGCCAGUUCUAUCAACCGCAAAAGUAUCGGCGGCCGCGCUACCAAUGUCGACUGGCCCUCGCAGGGGCUCGUUUCCACCCCAAUAUUGAACGGAGAUGGCCGUGCAUCUGCAUUGCCCUCUGGCACACCCGCGUCCUUCCUUGAAUUCGAGAGUGAACACCUACUGCCGCUCACCGACAGAGAAGCAGCCGUGGAGGGACCACAUGUCUUGAUUGCGCGCAAGGACGAGACCUCGAGUGAAAAGCAGAAGGAACAAAAAGAGGAGGAAGAAGAGAGCUCCCCGCAUGCCUGGAUCGGUAUCGCCCUCAUCAGUGGAUUCAUUCUGAUGUACCUUAUCGAUAAAAUCCCCGAGUUCGCAUCUCCAACCAAACCUGACCGACAGCCCUAUCACAUCUCUCUCGAUAAUCUUGGGUCCGGCCUUCGGCGCAGUUCCUCCCCCAUGCGCAAUGGUGGUCUCCUCGACGCAAGCCACUCGAGUUCUCGCCGCGGCCAUAGCUUUGCAACCACGACGGGCUUGGUAAUUCAUGCGGCGGCAGACGGUAUCGCAUUGGGCGCAUCCAGCACGGACACGGGACUCAGCUUCAUUAUUUUCCUAGCCAUCAUGGUACACAAGGCACCUGCUUCCUUCGGUUUGACAUCGAUUCUGUUGAAGCAGGGCCUGUCGAGCCGCACGGCGAGGGCGCAUUUGUUGGUGUUUAGUCUGGCCGCUCCGGUCGGCGCAUUGGCCACUUUCCUCUUUGCACAUGUGGUUGGAUCUCCCAGCGGCGACGAGGCUGGCUCUCUAUGGCGCACUGGAAUGCUUUUGCUCUUCUCCGGCGGCACUUUCUUAUAUGUUGCUAUGCACACGAUGCAAGAGAAUGGACCAGGCUCGAACUCACGGCAGGUGUCCUCAAAUGGCUACGGAGACUCUCGUGACUCGCCGAACGGGUCGGAUAAGUCGAUGCGCGACUUGAUUGCAUCCGUGCUGGGCAUGAUCCUGCCGCUCUUCUUGCAGAUUGGACAUGCUCAUUAA